CUGCUUCCGGUAUGAUGGCGACCUGCUUUCUUCACUACACUUUUCUUUGAUUAAAAAAAAAGAGGUUCCCAUGGUGCAACUCGACUCAGACCCUCACGGUAGUCAGACCCUGCAGUCUCUCUGACCUGUCUCUCUUUCUCUCGGUCUCUGUCUGUCGCUGGCUUUCUCUCUCUCUCUCUCUCUCUCUCUCUCUUUCUCUUUGUCUCUGUCUGUGGCUGUCUGUCUGUCUCUCUGUCUCUCUCUCUCUCUCAGGUAGGAGAGAGAGUCGGUGCAGACGGACGGAGCUUUGUGUGCGUUUGUGUGUGUGACUAUGCCGUUAUUGCUGUUCUUCACUCUCUGCACUUGGUCUGGUGCUAUCAGUGAACCUCAGCCACUGCUAAACUACAGCUCUCUAACACUGCCGGAUCUCCACGUCCCCUACUUCCUGCACAGCAACACACACAUGGCCAGAGUUUGCCGAGACGACCCACUCUGCCCGUUUAAGGAUGCUCUGUCAAAGAAGCAGUCGUGUUGGGGUUACGAGAAGAGCUGUUCUCCCGAGCACAUGUUCAGCUUCCCGAUCUGCACCAGCGUGGACUCAGCAUGGGCUCGCUCAGUUCAGGCGGCUCAGGAAAUCUUCUGGAAGCAGGCCGACUUCGGCUACGUUAAAGAACGUCUGAGUGAGAUGAAGACUCUCUGCAAGCCUUUAACUCCUGGGGAAUCCUCUCUGAAGUGCACGAGCCACCUGCGCUACUGCAGAGCCACCAACCUCUAUCUGGACCUCCGGAAGCCCCGCAGGGGUCAUGAGAGGUAUAAUGAGGAUUUCCUGCAGAAAGGGGAGAUUGGGGGUCGCUGCAGACUGGACAGAGGGGCGUUGGAGGCGGAAGGGCAGCACAAGAGCCCCCUGCAGUCCUGGUUCGCCGAGCUGCAGACGUACACGGAGCUCGACUUCCACCCCAUAGACGACGGGCGCUGUGAUGUCAUCAUCGAGAGACCCACAGUCUUCAUGAAGCUGGAUGCAGGCGUGAACAUGUACCAUCACUUCUGCGAUUUUGUCAAUCUGUACAUCUCUCAGCACCUCAACAACUCAUUCAGCAGAGACAUCAACAUCGUCAUGUGGGACACGAGUUUUUAUGGUUAUGGAGACCUGUUCAGCGAAACCUGGCGAGCUUUCUCCGAUUACGACAUCAUACACCUCAAAACCUAUGACACGAAAAGGGUGUGUUUCAGGGAUGCGUUUUUCUCGCUACUGCCACGGAUGAGAUACGGCCUCUUCUACAACACACCCCUGAUCUCAAACUGCAACAGUGAAGGGAUGUUCAGAGCUUUUUCUCAGCAUGUCCUUCAUCGACUCAACAUCCCACAGGAGGGACCCAAGGAGGACCGAAUCCGGGUCACACUGCUGGCCAGGAGCACAGAGUAUCGCAGGAUAUUAAACCAGCAGGAGCUCAUAAGCGCCCUGAAGACUGUGGCUUUAUUUGAGGUCAAGCUGGUGGAUUACAAGUACAAAGAUAUGCCAUUCCUGGAGCAGAUCAGAGUGACCCAUAACUCGGACAUCUUUAUUGGGAUGCAUGGAGCUGGCCUCACGCACCUGCUCUUCCUCCCGGACUGGGCCGUCAUAUUCGAGCUCUAUAACUGUCAGGAUGAAAGCUGCUACCGUGAUCUGGCUCGACUCCGGGGCGUUCACUACCUGACCUGGCAGAGAGCAGACAAAGUGUUCCCUCAGGAUAAGGGACACCACCCUACACUCGGAGAUCACCCGAAAUUCACCAACUACACCUUCGACCCUGAGGAGUUCAUGCGCUUGGUCAUGCUGGCUGCAGAUCACGUGAGGAGACACCGGGCGUGGCGUUCCACACAGGGACGAGAUGAGCUGUAGCAUACACACACACACACACACACACACACACACACAAGACUCAAACGCUUAGAACGAAACACUGUAAAAAGUGCUGUACUACAGGGUGCUGAUCCUGGAUCAGUAUUUAACCUUCAUGUAAUAAUACAGUGGACUUGGGAACUGAUCCGAGAUCAGCACUCAGAAAAAAACUUUGCAUUUCAGAGCGAUAUGAAGGAUUUCGGGGUUGUGUGGUUAAAGACAGGGUUUGAAAAAAAAAAGUUUGCUGUGGACAGAACACACACAGUUCAUUCACUGAAAAAGGACAAGAUGUUUUCUCUGAUCAUCUUCUCAGUAGCACUGAUGUAAUGAUCCUCACAAAUGAAAUCUGUUAUAUUUAUAUUAAGUGAUGUCCAGACGGCAAAAAUAUCAUGAAUAUGGUCAAAUUGAACCAUUUCUCAUUUUCAGAUUAUGAUAAAUAUGAGGUUUUAUAUAUAUAGACAUUUUUCUAGAUAGUAUUUCAGAUAUUUCAUGACAUUUUGUCUCAUUUCAUGUCGGAAAUUUGUUUGUAAUUUGCUUGAUUGCUCAUUUAGUAAUUGCGUAACUUUGCCAACAGAAGAAGACAAUUUGAAGCUUGGAAAGAGACAAAAAGUCUAAAAAAUAGGCUUAAUAACCUGACAGUUGUUUUGUUAUCAUCUCGUAAUGAGAAAUAUUGGCUAAAUUCACCUAUAUAUGAGAUAUUUCUGCUGAGAUAUCACUUAUAUUGGUAAAAAAAAUCAAAUUAUCAGUGGCCAAUACUGCAAAAUCAUUAAUAUAAUAUAAUACAAUAUAAUAUAAUAUAAUAUAGACGUAUUGUGUGGUGUGUUCUCUAACACACACUGUCUUAAAUUCAGUUUUCUCACUUUUUCGUGGGAAAGCUGUACUGAGCAUUCGAGCUGUUCUGUGUUAACGCAACAGCUUCAUACUUUGUGUUUGUAAUUGCAGAGGUGUGUGUGCACCAGACGAGAAUUUCAUAGUUUUGUUUUGUACUCCUGAGAUAAAAUCUGUCUUUAUUAGACAGAUAUGCGCAGCUUUACAUUUCCUCUGAUCAAGGAAUAUUUUAACCGUGUAGUAUUUAAAAAAGAUUAUUGCUGUAUUUUAAUGCAUGAUAGGGAUUUUAUCAGGAUGUGCAAAUGAAAUAUCAGCACGUGCUUAGUGUUUAACCAUGAGUGCAAUUCAGGACUGGAGGAAGAAGUGUGUGUAUUUAUUGUGUUAUUAUUGUGCUAUUGGCUUUGCAUGGACGUUUGUAUGCACACAUCAAGCUGGGUGAUUUUGUCCGUGCCAUGUCAUGCAGAAAUGAGAUUUGUUUGCAUUUUAAUAGAUUUAUUGUCAUAUAACAGACUUACAGUAUUUAUUUUACAGUAGCUCUAGUGUAGGUCACAUUUGUAGCUGUUUUUUUAAUCCUGAAAAGACAAUUUUUCCAGGUUUAAUGCAUAUUUUUACAAACAGUCUGACUGCAAAAUUCAUAAGUGUUCUGCAGAAAUAUGUUUUAUUCCAGGAAUUCAACAAACAACUGCCCUUUUUAGACAUUUCGUCUUAUUUUAGGCUUGAAAUUGUCUUGGCACCUACUUUGCUUCUUUCUAGAAAUAAAGUAAACGCUUGAAACUAGCAAAAUUAUCUGCCAAUAACAGACGACAAUUCCAAGCUUGAAAUGAGACAGAACGUCUAAUAAUAGGUUUAGUAAUCUGACAUUUAUCACAAUCGCACUCUGUUCUCAAACACUCCAGUGUUUUUCCUCAUCCAUAAACAAAUUAUCCAGAUGACCCAGAUUUUAUUGCUUCUGACUGAAGAACGUUUGACUGAAAAUUUCACGAGUGUUCUACAAAAUAAAUGUGUUGAGUUCAACGACUGCCCUUAGACUUUAUUACACUGCAAAAAAAGAGAAAUCUUAGCAAGUAAUCUUGAAUAUAGACAAAUUCAACUAAUAGUUCUCUUUAUUAGUUUGUUUUUAACCAAGUCUAAGAUCAUUAAGCCUAUUUUUAUAUUCAAUUUCAAGCUUGAAAUUGUCUUAUUCUAUUGGCAUGAUAAUUUUAGAAUAAGGCUUAAUGGAUUUAUGUGUAAUAAAAUCAUAUCAUAAUGCGCAAUAUUAGAUACUUUUUGUCUUUAAGAUCUCUUCCUUGCUGAGGUUAUUAUUUACAGUGUAUACAUGAAUUCUUUGCAAGUCUUUUUUAACGUGUCUGUUAAAUUCCUGUGUGUGGUAAGCGUACCUGGCACUUUUCCUCGUCGCUGGGGUCGUAGUGCCAAGAAUACUUUGUUUCGUACCUUUAGUUUGUGUCUUUUACCUGGGAAGGUGCAUGUGGUGUAACUUAAUUCACUUUCAGAAUAAAGGGUAAGUGAUGUAACCAUGUACCUUAAAUCAUUUUAAAGUUACGCCAUGUUCACAUCUUUAAUUAAAUGAUACACAAUAAAGGUACAAAACAUCAGCGACAAGGAAAAGUACAGUUCGUUGAUUUCUGAGAGUGAAGAUGGAGAUUAUACUGAAAAAUUCUUACUUUAAAUGGUGUUAACAUCCCUGCUGAGGAACGCGAUUCUGUGUACAGUGUGCUGCUUGGCGUGUGAAACACUGCACUUUCCCAUUUUAAGCGUGUCAGUAUUUUGCAUUUCUAAACAAUGAAUGUAACUUUUUCGUUUUUGCAGAAUUUGCAUAUGAAUGUGUUUAAAACUUGAAGUGGGCUUAUUUAAAAAGAGUUUCCAUUGUUUUCUCAUUUUUUCAGCUUGAAAAAUGUUUGAGUUAGCAAAUCAAUAGUUUCAGAGCAAGCUGAUCUCAAGGCAGAAGAGUUUUCUGCUUUGUGUGUGUGUGUGUGUGUGUGUGUGUGUGUGUGUGUGUAAUUUCUAAAAUUAUUAAUUGGACUGCUUCUGCUUGCAAUCCCAUUCGGCAUCACAUUACUUUCUCUGCUCGAUAUGAGCUAUGAGUGCACCGCAAAGGGCACGAGUCCAGGCCUUACUGUCACCAUCAUUAAUCUGCGUGACCUUAAAAACACGCCGCCAUUUUUGCCCUUUAUUUUAGAUUUUUUUCCUAUGACUCGUUUAGUGCACUAGAUGUCAGUAAAAGACCACGAGUGAUCUCUGAGAUCAGGCAAUUUUAUUGUGCGAGUUGAAACUCACUUAGGAGGAAUUUGACUUGGCAGUCACUCACGCUGACACAAAAUGUUGGAAAAAUAUUAAAAUGUGAGAGAGAGAUAAAUAACUGAAAAGUGUGUGCUGAUUAAUAUGGUUUGUCUGGACUCUUGGGUUUUAGAGUGUAUUAUGUAUUAUUUUAAAUAUAGUAGACUUAUACAGAGAGCCAUUUGGUAUUCAGGUUCCACUUGUGCUUUUUACAAGACCUAUAAAUGCUAGUGAUUUCUUUCAACAUUAUUAAGCUGAAUCAACUUCUAACUUCGUAAAAAAUGCACAUAAAAGUGUUGUGCAAUUAUGAUUGCCGAACUCCAUCCUCCAUCCCAGUGAGAUACACACACACACACCCACACACACAACCUCUAUUUAUCUAUAUUUAUCUAUCCUCUAUUUCUUUUCUAGUGUGUUAAAAUGAAUGACUAUACUGGAAAUGUUAGUCAGGGUGCCAUUAUUUUUAACCCCCUGACAAAUCCACUAUAGUGUUGGACAUUUUGAUGAUUAUGAUAUUGAUAUAAUGAUAUAAUUACAACUCAGUACAAUUUUCAAAGAUGAUUAUGGUACUUAUUAGACUGUUUCUAUUCGUGCUAUCAGUACAACAGUGGAUUGACUGAUAAAAUCUAGUUCUGAGUCAUUUUUCACUAAAUAAUUCAUAACUAAAAAGUGUUUUAAUUGACAUUACUGUUUUGUUGGCAAGUCUAAAUAUUACGUAUGUAUCAUCUAUUAUUAAAAUGUCUUUUUCCUCA